AUGGAGCAUCCGGUUGCUGACUCCGAUUUAAAGAUGAUCUUUGCGCAUCCUAUGACACUCAAGAGCUUGCGUGAGGCACUAUCCAAGCUUGGCCGAUCAUUCAAACUUCCUAAUGGCCAGCCAUCAGUCUGGAUUAUCAACGAUGCUGACGCUGUGCAAGCAGCCACCACCGGAGAGCUCGACUUUCGUGAGGCUCUUCAGGAUAAAGAUUGGCCCACAGAGCGCGUCAACUCGACUGAAGAUGUUUCGUUCAUCGUAUAUUCCAGUGGCACUAGCGGCAAACCUAAAGGAGUCAUGCUAACUCAUGACAACCUUAUUUCGAAUACUGAGACUUUCAAUCUCGUCUCGCGUCGAGAGGGCGGCCCAUACCAAACAGCCAUUGGUGUGCUACCUUUCUUCCAUAUUUUCGGCCUGAAUAUUCUCGUGCUGUCUUCCUUCCUCCACGGUUUUCGUGUCGUCGUUGUACCAAGGUUCGACAUUAACGUCUUUUGUGCGGCUGUCCAGAGAUUCCAUGCCAACAUGUCUGUGGUCGUACCGCCGAUUUUGCUUGCUCUUGCGCGCCACCCGGACGUUGACAAGUACGAUAUGUCCUCUUUGACUGCGGUGAUAUCAGGUGCCGCUCCGCUGGGUCGCGAAUUGUGCGAAGAAGUGCAGCACCGUCUUCCCAAACUUGGACUUGCUCAAGGAUAUGGCUUGAGCGAAACUGCGCCUGUUCUCUUGCGUUGUAUCGUUGAUAGGCACCGUCAACAUCUAGGCUCGGCAGGCCAGAUUGUGCCCUUUAAUGAGAUUCGUCUCGUGAACUACGAUGGCAAGGACGUGGCUUAUGAACAAGGGUCCUCGGGUAACCCGGGUGAGCUUUGGGUGCGCGGUCGAAGCGUGAUGAAAGGCUAUCUGAACAACCCAGAUGCCACAAACGAGUGUAUGACACCUGAUGGCUGGUUCAAGACAGGUGACAUCGCGAUUGUGAAAGAUGGUUUCUUUUACAUUGUUGACCGCAUGAAAGAACUUAUUAAGUACAAAGGCUUCCAGGUUCCACCGGCAGAACUUGAGGACAUGCUUCUUGCGCACCCGAAUAUUGCUGACUGUGCCGUCAUUGGUUUGUAUAAGGAAGAUAUUGCGACGGAACUGCCUAUGGCGUUUGUGGUCCCUAAGAAGGGUGUCAUUGAUCUUGUGAACAGCUCACAGUCUGAGAAAGAUGCAUGUGGUAAUGAAAUUGCCAAUUGGCUCGAUAGCAAAGUUGCAAAUCACAAGAAGCUUCGCGGUGGCGUGGUGUUUAUCGACGAAAUUCCCAAGAGCCAAUCAGGUAAAAUUCUUCGUCGCGUACUUCGUGAGAAGGCGAAUAAUAAGUAG